AUGCCGAUUUGUGGUUUGUGUAGGCGCUGGUUGGUUAAUCCUAUCUUCUUCCUGGCCACCUGGACUAUCCUCUGGUCUUUUAUCGCAUUACUCUCUCUAUCCAGAUAUGGAGAAGCACUUAAAAGAGGAUACACUCCUGACGUACAACACGGCGGUCGAGAAAUCCCCUCUAGUGAUCGCAGAUUUAAUUCCUUCUACGGAUCGGAUGGUUUCCGUUGCAAAAGUGGCAGCGGAAAUAUUACCAUGGACAGGAAUACUGGAUUCAUUACAGGAAAAGCCUUGGAUCCUCUGAAAAAUGCACCUGCUCAUCGUCUAUACCUCAGCAGGAGGAGCAGAAUAAACCGUCUAAACAAGGCUGUUGAGUUAUUUAGGCUGGUCAAAAAUAGGAGACUGAAUAAUAAUAACCGUAUGGUAGACAUUCGUAUUAUAAACUUUAGAAACGACAAGUGCAAUAUGCAGUUAAUGAGACUGCCAGUUUCGCCACUUGUGAAUUUACAGGGAAUUGUACCCUUUAAAACAAUACCUGAAAUGAGAUCUGAAAUUCCAUUCAACCCAACUCCGCUACUGCAAUCCAUAGGAUAUAGAUUUAAACCGGUUGAAGAGGAAGAAAGCGGAUCUGGGAUGGGAACUAAGCGAAAAUAUGAACGUUUCUGUGAACCAUAUCCUAUGGAUGCGAUCCUCCAAGUUAUGGACGCUAGAAGCGCGGGAAAAUAUAGCAGAAUGUCUACAAAAUACAAAAUCACAGGAGAGGAUAGACCUCCAGUGCCAGAAGAUUGCAAGCCAGUACCUCCAGGAGGAAGUAUAGGUAAAGGAUACGGAUUUGGAAUGACACAGAAGCCAUUGCCAAAGCGUAAACCAAUGCUACUAGAAGUUUUCAAACCGUUUGACACACCACAAGAUGAAAUGACAAAUAGUAUGGAGGAGUUUUUGCAAUAUAAGGAAGAAGCUAAAGAAUACACCAAAGAGGUUACAAAAAAUAUAGGAGAUGGUCCUCAUGAACAAGAAAUUAAAGGGGCUCUACAAAAUGUACUUUCAGAAACAUAUAACAAAGAUACAACUAAAACACCUUAUCUCGAUGAUGUUUGUGACGAGGGUGAUAUUAUGAGAAAUCCUCGUUAUCUCGGAGAGUACCGAUACAAGUACUGGUUCCAUCCGUUUUAUGGGUCACCAAUAACUACAAAUGAGAUUAAAAAUGCCAUUAAAGAGCACAAUCUUGCGUACCCCAAUGAACAAAUUAAUUACGAGGAAGAAUGUCGCUUUGACAUAGUUUAUUGCCAUUCGAAUGGUACCAUUGUUGACUUGCGAGAAGAUUCAAAUCCAGACCCCGAUGAAGCAUCAAUGGGUCAUGAUUCCAAUCGUGCAAGUUUUACUCUCGAUAAGAGAGGUAGGAUGGACGCAGAUGGCAACUUUACUGGUAAAGGAGAAUAUAGUGAAAGCAACUAUUUAUCCAUCAUCAGUGAUCCAAUGACGGAUCCAACCGAUCCAAUAGAACCCCGUUUUAUCAUUCGAGCCAAACCUGGAUUCAUAAAGGAGAAUGAACUGAAAGUUGGCCAAAUAUUCCAAGGUGUCAAUGAAGAAGCUAGAGAAUUAUAUCAUGAUAACAUCUUCUUUCAACCCAGAAGCACGCGGGAAGAAAUUUACCUUCCAGAUGGCACGUCUCAUUGGUGA